AGCGGAAGAAGAUGGCCGAGUUUCAAAGCAUGAAACAAAUGGUGCCUUGAAUGCAUCGUUUGUCUUCAUACUACUGUAUUUAUGUUAGUUAGUAAUGAGUAAACCUAAACGACGAGUAACCGUAGACGCAGGAAAAUCAGUAUCAGACGACGGCGAGAAGCAGAAACCCAGCGUCUUUGAAAGACUUGGACCCGGUGGCGGACAGAGAAAAUAUAAUGCAGAGCCAGAGCGCACUCAGGUGUGCCGCCACUGGGCAUUGAAUGGAACUUGUCAUUUUGGAUCCAAGUGUAAAUUCAGCCAUAAAUCUCAUCGUGACAGUAGUCCUGAAGAAAACAGACAUCAAAGAAAAAGAGAUCGUAGCAGGAGUAGAAAUCAAAGUCUGUCUAGAAGUGAUAGUCGAUCACCAGAUAGUCGAAGAUCUGAGAGUUUAUCGAGACGUGAUAAGAUGAAAUCAGCAGUGGUUGUAAGAAAAUCUAAACUAGCUGAUACUGAAGAAGACAGUGAAGAUUCUGGAAGUUGGAAUCUUGAUAGGUUGGAUUAUAAGAAAGAAUUAGAGUUGGAGAAGAAAAGACAGCAAUUACAAAGAGAAUUAAGUCAGUUAGCAGGUUCUGAAGACGAACCUGAAAAUCUUAAAAUACAAAAAAGGGUUGCUAAAAAUCGUUCAGAUUCAGAGUCAAGUCCAGAAAGACUAAAGCCUGUUAAAAAGGUCUCAAAGAUUUCACCUUUUAAAAUGAAGUUGGACAAAAAGAAUAAACUCAAAUCUUCACCAUUAGUGACCGCAUCACUGGUACCCAAACCAGUUAGAGCGCCAAGUCCACAGAAAAUAGCUCUCAAGCUUAAAGAACAGAAAAAGAAAUCGGCACCAAGUGAGGAUGAGGAUAGCCCAAGAACGAAAUUAAAAAUAGCCAAGAAAUUAGCAAAACAAAUUAUGGCAGAAAAGUCAAUAGAAACUGACUCGCCCAUCAAGAAGAAAAAACAUUCUCCUCGUUCAGAGAAAAAAGCUGAAAAAUUGAUAAAAGUGAACCGAUUUGCACAGGAAGCUCAGUCUCCUGUGGGAAAAAGACGAAGGUCAAAAUCACCAUCAAGGUCACCAUCACCAGCCUCUCCUGUAAGGAAGCAAAAGAAAAUUUCACCAAAGGGGAAAGACAAAGUUAAGGGUAAGAAAAAGAAAAUGGAUAUCCAACCUCCGGUUUCAUUUGACAGACGAUCAUUUUCUCCCGAACGAAAGAGCCGGUCUCACAGUAAAGGUCGAAAGGGAAAAGGAGGAAAGAAAAAAUAUGAAUCAUCAUCAAGUUCGGACUCGUCCAGUUCAAGUUCAUCAAGCCCUGAAGUAAGAAAGAAGAAAAAACUCCCAGCAAAGAAUAAAGAAAGAGAAAAACGUGAGGAAAUUCUCCCUCCUAAGAAAGUCAAGAAAGUACGUAAGAAAUCAUCAGAGUCUCCACCACCACCUGUAAAGAUGAGAGGUUCACCCCCUCGAGGACCACGUAGAGACACUUCACUAGAGAAGCGCCGCAGGGAUGACCCCGAAGAAGGCCGCAAAAAUUUUGAUAGAGGGCCAUCACCAGAUUCUUUCCGUUCGACGUCUUCUUCCCCGGGACGUGAUCGACGUGGACGUAACCAAUCUCCAGAUGAAAGACGAAGGCGGGAACGUGAGGAACAAGUUAAAAGGAGACCAGAAAGAUCCCCUGAAGAGCGCAGACCUGUACGUGAUGAAGCUAAAAGACCAGAUAAUAGAGAAGAUGUACGUCGACAUGAAGGUCGUGAUGACCCAAGACGUCCAGAUCCCAGGGAAGAGAUGAGACGACCUGAAGGAAGAGAGGACAUAAGAAGAAGAGAUGAUGGUAGAGAAGAUAUGAGAAGGGAAGGAAGAGAUGAUCCGAGAAGGAUGGAUACUAGAGAUGAACCUCGGAGAGAUGGUAGGGAAGAUAUAAGAAGAGGUGAAGGAAGAGAUGAUAUCAGGCGUGGUGAAGGAAGAGAUGAUCCAAUAAGAAGAGGUGAACGAGAUGAUAUUAGACGCCCUGAACGAGAUGAUUUCAGACGAGGUGAUCCAAGAGAUGAAAUUAGACGACCAGAAUUUGAUCCCAGAAGAUCUCCGCUGCAUAGAUCUUUGUCGCCUGAUCUUAGACGGGAUAGAGAUGUUGGGAGACAUGGUCGUCCUCCACCAGACUUUAGACCUGGUCCAGGAGAAAGAGCUCGAUAUGAUACAUUUCCUGAUAGAUUUGAUCCUGAGAGAAGAAUUGAAAGAGAUGUAUUUGGACCAAGAGAUCGGGGACGUUUGGAUCCUGCCUAUGAUAGAGAUCGUGAUCCAAUUGAUAGAUAUCCACCCGACAGACCAAGAAUGCGUGAGGAUACAAGGCGUUCUCCACCAUUUGAAAGACCUGGAUAUCAUGAACCUGCAUGGGAUAGAGGUAGAGGAAGAGGUUGGGGACCAGUACCUAGAGACAGGGGACGAGGUAGGGGACUAGAAGGUCCACCACCCGGGUAUGAGCCCCCUCUCGCACCAGGACCUUAUAUCAGAGGUCGCUAUCCUGAAAGAGAUUUUGCUGGCAGACUUGGUCGCAGAGAAUGGGAUGAAUGGGAUGCACGACGUGAUGACAGACGAGACAUCCCACGAGACCAUGUUAGAGAUGAUAGGAGAAUGGAUGACCGUCUUUUCCGUGAUGAUGGUAGACCUCCCAGAGAGCCCUGGAUACCACGUGAUGAACGUCGUCCGCCAGAUUUCCGUGAUGAUAGACUUAGUAGACGAGAUGGCAGUAUGGACAGAAGAGAACGUGAUUUGUCUCCACCUUUUAUGAGGCGGCCAGAUGGUCGCGAUGAACGACCAAGGGAUAAUCGUGAACCUAGUUUUGAUCGAGGUGCAAGGGAUGACAGAGGUAGGGAUUUAAGAGAUCGAGAUGAUGCGACACGCUCUGAUAGAGGGGACAGAGAUGAUGAUCCUCGUGAUAAGAGAGAAGGCUCACGUAAUAGAGGACGAGAUGAACCCAGAAUCAGAGAUGAUAAACUGGAUGAUAGACGAGGAGGUCUUAGAGACGAAAGGGAUGAUAAAUUCAGAAGAGAUAAAAGAGAUGACCGUGAUGAUGCUAAAUCAGAAAGAAGUAUGGAGGGAAGAUCAAGACGAGAUUUAGAAGAUAAAGGCCAGGGUGAUCGGCGUCAGGAUGAAUUAGAGCGAGAAUCAAAAGAUGGCGAUUUAGGAAAACGCGAUAUGGACCGUUCAUCAAGAACAGGUGAUAAAUCUAGAAUGGAGGGUCGUGUUAGAGAAGAUGGCAGCCCAAGAGAUCGUAGAGGAGUGAAAAAUGAUGAUGAGAAAGUUUCUCGACAUUCCGAAGAUCGUCUAAGUCAUCAUGAACGAGAAUCUCGAGCUAGUGAUAGAAGUAGAAGAAGAGAUGAAGAGGGAAAUGAUAAGAAGAGAGAAGAUGUAGAUAAGACGUCUCCAGAUGCAGAUGUUGAUAAAAUAUCAGAACAUAAGCCAGAUAGCGAGAAAACCAAAAGUGACUCAAGAAAACGUCACCAUGAAGCAGAGAGAAGGUCCAUUUCACCAGUCCACAAACGACCUAGAGAUAUUUCUCCAGCACAUUCAUCUCGUAGUUAUGGUAGUGUAGGCACUCGUAGCCAAUCUAGUCGUUCACGAUCAAAGAACAAAAUACGUGAGCUAAAGAAGGAAGAAAACAGAAGUCGCAGUGGAAGUCAUGACAGAUUAAAAACAAUUGAUCAAGUUAUAAAAGAGAAGACUGAUAACGUACAGCCUCCAUUCCCUAAAGAAGAUUCAAGGUCAGAGAAAGGAGAUAAGGGAGAUAACUUGUCUGAUAGAGGAGGACAAUCGAAACGAUCCAGAUCUUCAUCUAAAGAACGGAAGUCUGAUGACGAUACAUCUAAAAAAUUGAAAGGUUCAAAAUUAACCGAUGAUGAAGAAGCCAAACCUGAAGAACAAAAAGAACCACCCAUGUCUCCAGCUGCUGAAAAUUUAUCACCUGAUCAUAAAUCUAGUCAUUCCUUGGCUGAAGAUGAAAACCAAUUAGAUCAAUCAAAGGAAGUUUUUAGUGAUUGGUCAGAUGAUGAUGAGGCUAAUGACAUUUUAAUUCAGGAACCUGCUGUAAAAAGUAUUAAAGACGAGGAAAGGAAGAGAAGAAGUCCCAGUAGAAGUAGUAGAGGAAGUAAACACAGUCAUCAAGAUGAACAAAAGCAGGUUAAAACCAGUGAAAGGACUUCUGAAACAGCCGCACCAGAAAAAGCACAUACAAAUUCAGUUGGAUCUGUGGGAAAUGUACCAGAAGUACCUGAUGAUAUUACAAAGAAAGAUUUAGAUUCAAUGGAUGAAGAAGCAAUAGAUUAUGAGUCGAUUUCAUCAGAAGAAGAAAAUUUCAUGGAUGAAGACGGUGAAAAUAAGAAGAAAGAAAAACAAAGUAUUGUUGAUGUUCUUGAUAUUGAUUGGUCAAGUCUGCAGAAAGAUACCAGACCUAAACCAACCACAGGUUCAGCUUUAAAUAGAUUUAAGCCACAUAAUAUACUAUCACAGAUUGGUGUAUCACGCAAAUAUGCCGGGGAAGUGAUGUAUAAAAAAGUUAUAGAAGAAUGCCAGAAGCAAUUGGACCUUGAGAAUGCAGAGAAUAAUGAUGGUGAAAAACCUGUGUUUAAAUUUGAACAUGAUAUUGCUGCAUUCCAUUCCUCAGCGGUAAAGAAAAUAAAAGACAGGGCUAAUUUAAUAAAGAAUGUUGGUCCAUUUAGACGAGCAUUGUGUGCCCGUCGUGAUCUUGAAAUCAGACGGCAGCUGUGUAAAGUUGAUAAGUGCUUAGAUCAGGCUCCAGUUUUCAAUCCAGCUGUAGUAGACACUCAAUUACAUAAACUGAGUAUUCAGUAUUUUAAACAGGCUCGAGAUGGUGUGAGUGUAACUAAAGAAACUAUUAAAUCUGAUAUAUCUCAACAAUAGAAUAACCAAUUAUUAUACAAAUCUUAUGGUUGUUAAUUUAUAAAUGGUGACUCUACUGCAUAAAAUACCAAGCUUCAAUGAAUGCUUCAACAGUCAUGUUUACCAUUUACAAAGUACUCACAAAACAGUAACUACCUUUUCCUGGAUUUCUUGUUUAUCUAGACUAUAUUUAGUUUAGGAAAUUGGUUAUCACAAUGGGAAGACAACUCUUUAGGCAGUGAGGCAAAUGAAUAAACCAUGUCUACCCAUUCUUGAAAUUUCAGUGGCAAUGACAUUUUGAAUAACACCGUAAUAUUGUAAAUUCUGUACAGUUUUUGUUCUCCCAAAAAUAUCGCUAUAUGUUUUUGAUUUUCACAUAUUUUCAUAUCGUCCUCAUUACUCAUGAAAAAUGUUGAUUCAUCUAUUUUUGUGUGUGUGUGUUAGUCCUCAUAUUGUAUGGAACAAAGUUGUUCUUGUCAGUCUCAUAAUAACAUAGAUAUGUUAACAUUAUACAUCAUGUCAUGUCAUUUCUAUUGUUAAGUGAUAGUAUUUAUUUUAAAUGGACUGUGUACAGCAGAACAGGUUAUUUUGUGAGUCCAUAUCUGAAAUAAGAAAUAAUAUGCUCAUAUUUUGUUAUUUCCAUACAAGAUAAAAGUCAUUCAUUCAUUCCUUAAAUAUUAUAUGAAUUUAUGUAUAAAAUUAAUGAUGGUAUGACGACUAAUUUAAGUUCAUUUUGUGUUUUUGUCCAUCAUUGGUUUUUCAAUAAUACAAAAAAUGGGUUUUAUGCAGUUAUAUAGUGCACAAAUUUCCUAGGCUUAUGUAUGAUAAUUUUGUGUCAGUCCAUUGCUAUAUAAAGUAUAUUGUUAUGGAAUGUGUAUAAAGUGCUUUGAAAACAUUGUUAAUAUUUUUAAAAGGUGAAUAAAUUGAAAUAAACACAAA